AAACCAAGGCCCCAGGUGAAGAUGGCGUAGCAUGAUUAGGAUUUUUAUGCUAUAUACUGUGUAUGAUUUUUAUGCAGCUGUGAAACUGUGAACCGUUCGGACUGUAAAGCAAAGUGUGAAGGGAGCUGUGUUCUCACACAAAUAAAACCUUAGUGAGCUACUUUAAAAAAAUAAAAACUAAAAUAGCCGGGAAGCUGUUAACUUAGCAAGGUUCCCAGUGUUGCUAAUUAUAUCAGCUAACGUUACUGUGUUUUCGCUAGGCCACUAAGCUAGCAGCAAUGGAGGAAGGACUUCCCUGAGAACCAGCUGCCCAAAAUGACUGACUGAGAAUAUAACUGAUGUAAGAAGAAGAAGAGGACGGAGUUAGGACAUCUAUGGACAGGAGAGACUUGACACUCCAGCUAGUCUAGAUGCAGUUGUCAGAUAUGACGUGCUUCCUGAAAACGUUGCCGCCAUGAAGGACAGUGGACUUCAAAUACAUGGUCUGGGCCACAGCGGAAGGAGUCUAAGAAAGGCAGCCCAGAUGUCUUUCUCCCCAGCCAUGACCUCCAGCUCUUUUUGGGCAGAUGCCAGAUGGGACGUAUUUAACCCUUUCAGCGUGUCUGUCCUGUGGUCUUCUCCCAGUUGGACAAACUCAGACUACCUCCAAAGUUUGGCGACCACAUGAAGAUGAGGAAUCAGCUUUGAUGACCUACGGAUGUCCACCCCCAACACCGGACCAUUCGGCUUCGGCAACACAUCCAACAAACUCUCCAGGUGGGAGGCUUCUACUACUCAUUACCCAGGAGGAAAAACUUAGUCUUGACCAUUUAUUGUAUUAAUCAUCAGGACCAAAGUCGUCCAAACUGUAAAGUCUGUGAAGGACUGAAUAUACCCAACGGCACUUACCUGACAUGGAAUGAUCUGGACAGAACUGAGCUCAAGUGAAUAUAUUGCUGGAGACAGAUUAACUCAAUCACUCUCCAUUUAAGAGAAAUGAACUGAACUCAAGCUAACUUGAACUGACGUUGGCUGACUUUUUUUUUCUUUUUUCUUUUUUUUUUUACAAACUGCUCUUUUCUGAACCCCUUCCUUCAAAAAUCCCAAAACCUUUAGUCUCAAGCCUAGGUUCCCUCACUUCCUCAGACCCUUUCCGAGGGUCUUGGACAUUGUCUCAAAUUUUAUUGAGGAGGAAUUAUCUCCUCCUCCCCCUAAGAUCCUCACGGCCUCUUUCUUCCGUCCAGACAUGGAUCUUCACAGGGCAGCCUUCAAGAUGGAGAGCUCCUCCUACCUGCCCAAUCCCCUGGCCUCCCCGGCCCUCAUGGUCCUGGCCUCCACUGCUGAAGCCUCUCGCGAUGCCUCAAUUCCCUGCCAGCAGCCACGUCCGUUUGGCGUCCCCGUUUCCGUUGAGAAAGACGUCCAUUUGCCAUUUAACAAUGGUUCUUACACUUUUGCAUCAAUGUACCACCGCCAAGGCGCGGUCCCACCAGGAUUCCCAAACAGGGAUUUUCCUCCAUCCCUCCUCCACCUCCAUCAUCAGUUUGCCCCACCUAACCUGGACUGCUCGCCAAUCAGCAUGCUGAAUCACAGCGGUGUCGGCGCCUUCAGGCCCUUCGCCUCCCCUCCGGAAGAUCGCGACGGAGUGCCAGGCGGGUAUCAGUCUGCUUUCACCCCAGCCAAGCGCCUCAAAGGCUGCCUGGAUGCAGAUGCUUCACCCCACCUGCGCUACUCCGAUGCAGAGGGGAAAGAGUACGACUUUGGCGGUUCCCAGAUCCCUCCCGGAGGUUCGCCCAGCAGCGCCUUGAAAGCAGUAGAGGACAGCGGGAAAAAGAUCUUCGCUGUGUCAGGCCUCCUGUCUGAUCGAGAGACUUCCUCCAGCCCAGAGGACCGCAUUGAGCGCUGGCUGAGUCAGGCUGUCUAUUUCAAACUUGCUGAUGCCCCUCUUUGCCAACUGACGCGGCACGUACCUGUCGUGAUGAGGCCCCUUUGGGAUGGAAAUGAUUGCCGACAGGCCUCACACCCACACCUCUCCGUCAGAUAUCCCCCCUCCUCCGGACAGCUGAGGAAGGAGAAAUGGAAUACAGACAGUCAGCAGAGAGAGGAGAAGAGAGAGGGCAUAGGUAAAAAGAAGAUGUCCCUCUAUGACAGCCAGGCUCCAAUCUGUCCCAUCUGCCAGGUGCUGCUCAGGCCCGGAGAGCUACAGGAGCACAUGGAGACAGAGAUAGAGAGGCUAGCUGCCAUAUGCUUCAGUAAGAACACUUCACCCAAGGAUGGAGCAGCCACUCCAGGAACCCCGAAGUCAAUGCUGUUGUCGGUGCACAUCAAGCGUGAGGGAGAGUCUCCAGUGGUCUCGCCCCUGUCCUCUGAAGACGCCCACCACUCCGACAGAUACCAGACAUUUUUACGAGUUCGAGCAAACAGGCAAACAAGAUUGAAUGGUGCCAGCAUCUGGAGGCAACAAUUGUCUAGAGUGGCCGCGAUCAGCUCCGGGGGCCAUGUUGCAGCCGGAACGCGGCGCAGCUGCGCCCGUCUCUGCAGCAAAAGCUUGACCGGAGAGGCCAGAGAUCAAACACGUAUAGGGAAGAUGAAGAGGAGGAAGCCUGAGGAGGGGGGCCAGGUAUGUCCGCUGUGCAGCGCCCCAUUGGCUGGGAGCGAGGAGGAGAUGAGUAGACAUGUGGAACAAUGCCUGAUCCAGCGUGAGGGUGCGUUAGGCGAUGAUGACUCUGCAGACAUGGACGGAGAAAAUGGGCGGGGCUUUGAGGAGUACGAGUGGGCGGGGCAGAAGAGGAUCAGAGCUACAGCUUUGCUGGAGGGAGGCUUCAGAGGAACAGGUUUUGCAACGUGUAGCAUUAAGGAGAGCGCGGCAGACAGCGACGCUGACCUAGACGUGGACGGGGACGACACCUUGGAGUACGGCAAGGCCCAGUACACCGAGGCCGAUAUCAUCCCCUGCUCUGGAGCCGGAGAGGACCAAGGAGAGGCCAGGGAGAGGGAGGCGCUACGGGGAGCCGUGCUCAACGGUGGGAUGCCUUCUAACAGAAUAACGCCUGAAUUCUCCAAAUGGGCCAGUGACGAGAUGCCUUCGACGAGCAACGGAGAAAGCAGCAAGACAGACCCCGGCACUCCUUCAUCCUCCACCUCUUCCUCCUGCGCACCACGCACCUGUAAAAACAGCGAGAUCGAAAAGGUAACGGAGGAGGAGUCAACGGCUACCACCAUGGAGGCUCUGAAGGCUCGAAUCAGAGAGCUGGAGAGGCAGAUACUGAGAGGAGACCGAUACAAGUGUCUCAUCUGCAUGGACUCCUACACGAUGCCGCUCACCUCCAUCCAGUGCUGGCACGUCCAUUGUGAAGAAUGCUGGCUCAGGACUCUGGGGAACAAGAAGCUGUGCCCGCAAUGCAACACCAUCACCUCACCCGGAGAUCUGAGGCGCGUCUACUUGUAAAGAGCACACGCAUCCUCCCGCCCAUUCGUCCUUCCGAUCCAUUCCUCCUCUCAUCUUGGAUUUCAUCGCCCUCCCCGUCGAUCCUCAUUUGUUUUUUCCUCUCUCGUGGCUUGAGUCGCCAGCUCCAAACCCUCCAAGAGCGUACAGAGACAAGACGGCUGUCUUUGAGACUCCACUGGCUCUUUCAGGAGGUUAAAACUGGAUGAAAUGGAAUGACUGAGCAGAACUCACUGACUCCAUGGCUGGCUGCGUGGCUACCCACACACACACAAAAAAAAAUGUAAUUGAAAAGACGCAGACCUGCAAUUCCACUGUUCAACGGGCUUGUUUCCUUUCACGACUCUCUGUACAUGUAACAUGUGGUAUCAUCCACUGAAGGACUUUUAAUCAGUGGAGAACCCCCAACGCCCAGCUAAACCCCGCCGAGACCUGGUAGCUUCAUACUGCUGGAGCUGGACCUGAAAGGAACUUUGUUAUACAGAAUAUAAAGACUUCUUCUUUUUUUUUUCCCUCUAGCUCUUCUUUGACAUUUCAAUGGUGCUGGACAACAGGCUCUAACCUGAAGACUGGACAGAAAGCUUCUUUUUCUUUGUUGUUACCUAUCCCAGAGAGAGAAAUCAUAUCGUCAUGCCCCUGUUGCUUAAGAGAAUUAAAAAAGGGCCUGUCCACUAAAACUGAGCUUUCAACCAAACUGAGAAUAACCUCACAACCUUGAAAAGGAGUUUGACACUCCUCCUCCACCUCUUCUUCUUCUCCUCACGAGCCCUUCUAUCUCUGUUUCCCCCCCCCCACCCCCUCUUUUGUGGUGUUUUAGUGAAGUAAACCAAAAUUUCUCCCCCUCCAAGAUGCAGUGCAAGCACAUGUAAUAUAGUUCUAUGUAUGUUUACAAUGUUGGGUGUAAAUGACAUAGAGUUCACACACACACACACACACACACACAAACACACAUACAUGUACACACAUGCACACACGUUACUAUCAACAGACACACACAGAAGUAUAUAAUAUCAAAGUCCUGUUGUAAGUUGGAAGGGUCUGGGAAUGAUGUUUGGGGGAAAAAAUGGCUGGAAUAAAAGAAGCCUUCUGUAUUU